UGGGGCUACAUCCAUUGUCUACAGAUGCAGGCAGAAAGGGACGCAGAAACCUUACGCCGUGAAAAUGUUGAAGAAGACAGUAGACAAGAAAAUUGUCCGCACAGAAAUUGGAGUUCUUCUUCGCCUUUCACAUCCAAACAUUAUAAAACUGAAGGAGAUAUUUGAGACCCCUACAGAAAUAAGUCUUGUUCUGGAACUGGUCACAGGUGGAGAACUUUUUGACAGGAUUGUGGAGAAGGGUUACUACAGUGAACGAGAUGCUGCUGAUGCUGUUAAACAGAUCCUGGAGGCAGUUGCUUACCUGCAUGCAAAUGGGAUUGUGCAUCGUGACUUGAAGCCAGAAAAUCUACUCUAUGCAACACCAGCACCAGAUGCACCACUAAAAAUUGCUGACUUUGGACUUUCGAAGAUUGUGGAAGACCAGGUGACCAUGAAGACAGUUUGUGGAACUCCAGGGUACUGUGCACCAGAGAUACUACGGGGAUGUGCUUAUGGCCCUGAGGUGGACAUGUGGUCUCUGGGGAUUAUCACCUAUAUCCUACUUUGUGGCUUUGAACCAUUUUAUGAUGAAAGGGGAGAUCAGUACAUGUUUAAAAGAAUCCUGAACUGUGAAUAUGACUUUGUGUCCCCCUGGUGGGAUGAUGUGUCUCUGAAUGCCAAGGAUUUAGUUAAAAAGUUGAUUGUUUUAGACCCCAAGAAACGCCUCAGCACUCUACAAGCUUUGCAGCACCCAUGGGUCACAGGGAAGGCAGCAAACUUUGCACAUAUGGACAAUGCACAAAAGAAACUGCAAGAAUUCAAUGCCCGGCGUAAACUUAAGGCUGCAGUCAAAGCUGUGGUGGCAUUUUUGGUCACAGCGCGCACGAGAGCAACAAGCCCAGCCGUAACCCCUCUCCGGUCCACGGCGAGAAGCCCGAAGAGAAGCCCGCUCAGGAAGCAGAAGCAGCGCCAGAAGCAAUGUCUUAGGUCAAUGUGCUUCCUUGUUUCAGCUGAGAUUGUCGUUUCAUACACCAGCCAACUUGUCAUUCAGCAAGAGAGAUUCGUAAGCUUGGCCUCUCUGGUUCUGCUUUGGGAUGCCAAAUGCACUGGCUGGUGGUCCUACCUUCAAUGCAUGUGACUGCUUAUGAAAAUAGUAAACUGUUCCAUAAGGCAUGUCAUGGAAACAGUCUUAUCUGCAGUAAUACUGGCAAGUGAAAACAUGGGGAUGAAUAACUACCUACUAUAAUGCAUAUACUUCAUCUAUCCAGGGUUUCUAGAUGGCAUUUGAAACAAAAUAUUAUUUAAUUUGGUUUUAUGGAAGUAGGUGUCGUCUGUAUGUCGUGAGUUUCUGUGAACUGCUUUCUUCCAGAUUCAUAGUCCUGCAGCAGACAAACUGGAAGGAAACACCAAACCAAUGCUUUUAAAACUGAUGUACAAAAUAAUGCUUUUUAUCUGUAAAAUUCAAACAAUAUUUGGGGAUUUAUAUGCAAAAAAA